ACUUCAGGUGAGAUAUAGCAUUUCCAAAGUGAGAAAAUUUCGACAGUUGACUCUGGGGCUUGGAGAAGAGAUAAGCUCUCCCGUUCGAUAUCUGUCCGGUAUUUUUUUUUUACCCCAAAACCAGCACCGGACCGUAAAGUUGGGAACUUCCGUAUAGUGGAUUGUGUUUAACUUCCACCCUCAUCAUCAGCAUUCAUGUGAAUUUUCUGGUGAGGUAGUUUAGCGAGAACACGGGAGGAAAAGUGUUGAUGAAAAUAGUUUUCUAGUGUCUGACAAAUACAAGUGUUGCGUAUAUGAGGCAAAAGCUCAAACCUUUCCGCAGAACCACCAAAAGUUUUGGUACAUAAGAAGAAUCAAAAAGAAAGACAGGGGUGCCACAAAUUGUUUCCACCAACAUUAAUUACUAUUGAUUCUGUGAUGGAGUUACUCUCUUCAGUUGUGAUUGCUUAAAGUGAUUUGUAAAGUCGACAAGUGAAUGUGUGCAAAAGAAGACAGACUAAAGUCUCACUUCAGUGUGCUUUUUCCUCAUUUAAAAAUUUCACCUUCAAUUGAGUAUAUUCUCGAAUGAUUUUCAACAAAUGCACCAAGUCGAUAAAUCAAUCAAAGUGAAACGCUUCAGCACAAACCUUAUCAUUUAGUGCAAUUUGCAGAAUUUUUGUAAUUUAACUCAGUCAUUCAGAAAGCAUCUGGUGUAGAAUCAAAUUGGCAAUUUUGGAACUGAGAGAUGCAUCACGCUGAUUUGUGGUCUUGGAUCUUUAUCGCACUUGGCGGAGUAUGGGUCAGAGGUAUCGAUGGGAUCAAUGGAAAUUGCUCAAAAUGCCAGGAAGUAUUCGAAAUCGAAUCAUAUCCAUUCGACGAGAACCACCCACAACACCAUGGCAGGCAGCUGGAUAUUGAGCAACUUGGGAGGAUAUCUGUGAUAUACGGUGUUAUCGGUGUGUCCCGUGAACUGCAGGUGAAUAAUAGAUGCUACAGGGAAUUGGAUACUGUUGGGAAUGCAUUGAGAAGAAGGGAACUCUGGGCAUUGAAAGUGUUCGAUGGAUCAGCGAGCUUCACGUCAGGCUUUAGUCUCGGGAAUAACCAUUGGUUGGGUUCACAGGGAGCUUGUGAGGCUGCUCAGAAACCAAUGGGUGUAACAUUCAAUGACCGAUAUCCGCGAUCCAUGGAUCCUCAACUUUUAACCUCAACUGCACCUUUUGCUGUUGAUUAUCGUGUGGUUCAUGCCACUCAUGCAUCACCGAUUCAAUUUGAGAUGAAAUUCCUCGCAGAGAAAAUUCUGCAUAUUGGCUUAUGUGUUCCGACAUCGUGUACCAAUGCAGACAUUUGGAACAUCACACAAUUGUACUUAGACGAGGAGAUAUUUCAAUAUCAGGACAUUUUUCACAUAGAAGAUGUCAAAGUUGUACAAGUAAAAAGUCUCAGAGUGGGAAAUGGAUUUUACCAAAAGACCAGUGUCAAGCUUCUUUGCAUAUUGGUCUUUUUCACAUGCUUGAUGACAUUUUUAUCGUGGCGCUUCGAUAAAUGUGUGAAAAUAGACCAGGAAAAUAAUAAUGGCCAGAGUAUGGACAAAACUGAGCAGCAUCUAAAGAAUGGUGCAGCCACACUCUCAGCAGAUAAUGGUACAAAUUCGAUGAUUCAGAAAUCGGAAAUUGCACUGUAUCAAAGGAUUGUCAAUUGCUUCAAUGUGGAGGAGAAUGUGCGAGGACUUGUGAGCACAAAAGAACCCACCAAUUCGAUUUCCGUCAUCAAUGGCAUCAGAUCGAUUGUAUGCUUUUGGAUACUGUGCUUCCAUAUGUACUGGUUUCAGCAUUUCACCGUCAGCAAUACUGCAACACUCUUUGCCACUGGGGAACGUCCCUAUUUCUUGUUCAUCGCCAAUGCUCCCCUUCUCGUGGAUGUUUUCUUCGCCAUCAGUGGAUUUCUUCAUUCCUACAACUUUUUGCGAGAUAGAAUAAAGCUUGAGGAGGUUAAGCGGAACGAUUUGAUGCAGAAUGCUAAAUUGUUCGGAAGGAUGCUACUCAAUCGUUACAUUAGACUUUCACCACUAUACUUUGUCGUGUGCUUGUUUGGCGAGGUGAUUACGGCAUAUCUUAUGGAUGUUUCCCAAUUUUGGAUACAUGAGCGCUAUGACUUAACUUGCCAGAGAUAUUGGUGGCGAAACGUGCUCUACAUCCACAAUCUCUUCGAUAAGGAUGAACUAUGUAUAAAUUGGGGAUGGUCAAUAGCAUGUGAAAUGCAGUACUCAAUCAUAUUCACCAUUUUGUUGUUCAUCUACGCCAAAAAUCCUGAAUUAUCCAAGAAGAUUUUUCUCAGCUUCUCUGGUAGCAUCUUAAUCAUUUCUCUGGUCAGCCAUUGGAGGAAUCGAUUUCAGUGUUCUUUCGAUGUGAUUUAUAACACCGGUACAGAACUGUACAUGGCACCAUGGAAUCGAAUUCAUCCAUACAUAUCGGGGAUAUUUGCUGGAUGGUAUCUGAUUUCCCGCAGUGGAAAACUCAAUAUAAGCCCGGGUAAAGUGAAGUUCCUCAAAGCUAUAUCGGUGUUGUAUUUCGUUAUCAGUAUGCACUCAACUCUUGUCCGCAAUAUUUCGUAUUAUUGGGCAUCACCUCUUCUAACGCUAGGUCGUUUUGGGUUCGGUUUAUCCAUUGUAUGGUGGAUUAUAUGCAGCGUGUGUGGCUAUGGAGGAUGGUUUACGGAUUUCCUGAGUUCCAAACUCUUUAUUCACAUCAAUAAAUUAUCGUAUGGAGUAUAUCUCCUAAAUCCCCUGACCAUUGCAACUAUUCAUGGACUCCGCGAUGGCAGCAGUCACUUCUCACCAAUAAUUAGUUGGGUCAUGACAUUGGGAAUGAUGAUCAUUGUGUAUUGUGUGUCUUUCGUAUUUACACUUUUCUUCGAGAUCCCAUAUCAUAAUUUGGCGUCUCUUCUGCUGCGGAAUCGGCCGAAAUCAACAUUUAAAGUUAAAUCCAAGUAGAUAUUAGAGCAAUUUUUCCAGUAAUUUAUACGAUGAUUAAAUAUGAUUUUUAUGAUGAAUAAAAUAAUUGUUGUAAACGCG